UUGUCCCGCGGCCGCGCUCAGACAACAAAAGCGGAAGAUGCUGCAGUUGGGCAAGGUCAGGACCUUGCCCUGAAGCCGGGCGGCGGCGCACACGCCUUUUCCCGGACUGAGGAGCUGUAGCUGGCGGCGGGUGCAUGUUCGCGAGGAAGCAGUCGGGCGCCGCGCCGUUCGGAGCUAUGCCUGUCCCAGACCAGCCUUCGUCAGCCUCUGAGAAGACCAGCUCCCUGAGCCCUGGCUUAAACACCUCCAAUGGGGACGGCUCUGAAACGGAAACCACCUCUGCCAUCCUCGCCUCCGUCAAAGAACAGGAACUACAGUUUGAAAGGCUGACCCGGGAGCUGGAGGCUGAACGGCAGAUUGUCGCCAGCCAGCUAGAGCGAUGCAAGCUUGGGUCCGAGACAGGCAGCAUGAGCAGCAUCAGUUCAGCAGAAGAGCAGUUUCAUUGGCAGCCACAAGAUGGUCAGAAAGAUAUCGAAGAUGAACUCACAACAGGUCUUGAGCUGGUGGACUCCUGCAUCCGAUCACUGCAGGAGUCAGGAAUCCUUGACCCGCAGGACUAUUCCACCAGCGAAAGGCCCAGCCUGCUCUCCCAGAGUGCACUUCAGCUCAAUUCCAAACCUGAAGGGUCUUUCCAGUAUCCGGCCAGCUACCAUAGCAACCAGACUCUGGCCCUGAGUGACACAGCCCCUUCGCAGCUCCCAGCCCGAAGCACUCAAGCCCGAGCUGGGGGCCAGAGCUUCAGCCAGGUAGGUGCCCUUUGCUGUAUUGUGUCGGUGGGCUCCUGCUCCUCGCCCAAGCAGUCGCCCAGCCGCCUGGCCAAGUCCUACAGCACCAGCUCGCCCAUCAACAUCGUCGUGUCCUCGGCCGGCCUGUCCCCGAUCCGCGUGACCUCGCCCCCCACCGUGCAGUCCACCAUCUCCUCCUCGCCCAUCCACCAGCUGAGCUCCACCAUCGGCACCUACGCCACCCUGUCGCCCACCCAGCGCCUGGUUCACGCGUCCGAGCAGUACAGCAAGCACUCGCAGGAGCUGUAUGCCACCGCCACCCUCCAGAGGCCGGGCAGCCUGGCAGCUGGGUCCCGAGCCUCAUACAGCAGCCAGCAUGGGCACCUGGGCCCUGAGCUGCGGGCCCUGCAAUCCCCAGAACACCACAUAGACCCCAUCUACGAAGACCGCGUCUAUCAGAAGCCCCCUAUGAGGAGUCUCAGCCAGAGCCAGGGGGACCCUCUGCCGCCAGCACACACCGGCACCUACCGCACGAGCACAGCCCCAUCCUCCCCCGGUGUCGACUCCGUCCCCUUGCAGCGCACAGGCAGUCAGCACGGGCCACAGAGUGCCACAGCAGCCACCUUCCAGAGGGCCAGCUACGCCGCAGGCCCAGCCGCCAACUACGCAGACCCCUACCGACAGCUGCAGUAUUGUCCCUCUGUUGAGUCUCCUUACAGCAAAUCCGGCCCUGCCCUCCCGCCCGAAGGCACCUUGGCCAGGUCCCCGUCCAUCGACAGCAUUCAGAAAGACCCCAGAGAAUUUGGAUGGAGAGACCCAGAACUGCCCGAAGUGAUCCAGAUGUUGCAACAUCAGUUUCCUUCAGUCCAGUCUAAUGCUGCAGCCUAUUUACAACACCUCUGUUUUGGAGACAAUAAAAUUAAAGCUGAGAUAAGGAGACAAGGGGGCAUACAGCUCCUGGUGGACCUGCUGGAUCACCGGAUGACCGAAGUCCACCGCAGUGCCUGCGGCGCCCUGAGGAACUUGGUGUAUGGAAAGGCCAACGAUGAUAACAAAAUCGCUCUGAAAAACUGCGGUGGCAUCCCGGCACUGGUGAGGUUACUCCGCAAGACUACGGACCUGGAGAUCCGGGAGCUGGUCACAGGAGUCCUGUGGAACCUCUCGUCGUGUGAUGCACUCAAAAUGCCAAUCAUCCAGGACGCCCUGGCAGUAUUGACCAACGCGGUGAUUAUCCCCCACUCAGGCUGGGAAAAUUCACCUCUUCAGGAUGAUCGGAAAAUUCAGCUGCAUUCAUCACAGGUGCUGCGCAAUGCCACUGGGUGCCUAAGGUCAGUCCCGCGGCACAAGGGCCUGCUCCUGCCAUCUUCCCUGGGUCCUCCUGGGUCAGGCACUCUUCCUUGUAGCUUUCGCUGCUGCCUUCCUAAGGGUCGGAUUGUUCUGCAAAGAGCAGGAGACAAGUGGUCAACACAGCAGCUCCCGCACCUUAAAAACUUGUGCCUAGUGGAAGAAGGGGCCGUCCAUACCGUCAGCCCGAAGGUGGUGUCCUACUCUCAGGCUGACGUCACGAAGCGACUGUUGUUGAUGCAUAGCUUCUGUGUGGGGAGAGAGGGUAUCAUGACCUUUCCAGGCUUCUCUGAAUUCUUUCCACCGGGGUCAGGGGAGCCCUGGGAGCAGGAGAGAAGUGUGUGCCUGGGACUCGUUGCCUGUCCAGGGUGGAGGGCAGAGUGCUGGUUAGUUCUUGUUCAUUCCUCUUCUGUUUUCCCUUCUCUCUUUCUUUCUUCUCUGUUUUCCCAGACCGUUGAAAACUGUGUGUGCAUCUUAAGGAACCUCUCAUACCGGCUGGCAGCAGAAACGUCUCAGGGACAGCACAUGGGCACGGAUGAGCUGGACGGGCUGCUCUGCGGCGAGGCCAACGGCAAGGACGCGGAGAGCUCUGGGUGCUGGGGCAAGAAAAAGAAGAAAAAGAAAUCCCAGGACCAGUGGGAUGGAGUAGGACCUCUUCCAGACUGUGCAGAACCACCCAAAGGGAUCCAGAUGCUGUGGCACCCCUCCAUAGUCAAACCCUACCUCACACUGCUCUCUGAGUGCUCAAACCCAGACACGCUGGAAGGGGCGGCAGGUGCCCUGCAGAACUUGGCCGCAGGGAGCUGGAAGGGCUGGGCUGAGGAUGUGGCAGGCAUGGCGUAUGCCCUACGUUCACUGCCAGAGGGGGCUCCCUGCCUGCCACAGUGGUCAGUCUAUAUCCGAGCCGCUGUCCGAAAAGAGAAAGGCCUGCCCAUUCUUGUUGAGCUGCUCCGAAUAGACAACGACCGUGUGGUGUGUGCGGUGGCCACAGCGCUCCGGAACAUGGCCUUGGACGUCAGAAAUAAGGAACUCAUCGGCAAAUACGCCAUGCGAGACCUGGUCCACAGGCUUCCCGGAGGGAACAACAGCAACAACGCAGCGAGCAAGGCCAUGUCCGACGACACGGUGACCGCCGUCUGCUGCACCCUGCACGAGGUGAUCACCAAGAACAUGGAGAACGCCAAGGCCUUGAGGGACGCGGGAGGCAUCGAGAAACUGGUCGGCAUCUCCAAGAGCAAAGGAGACAAACACUCUCCAAAAGUGGUCAAGGCUGCAUCUCAGGUCCUAAACAGCAUGUGGCAGUACCGAGAUCUGAGAAGUCUGUACAAAAAGGAUGGAUGGUCACAAUAUCACUUUGUAGCCUCAUCUUCAACCAUUGAGAGGGAUCGGCAAAGGCCCUACUCCUCCUCCCGCACACCCUCCAUCUCCCCUGUGCGCGUGUCUCCCAACAACCGCUCAGCAAGUGCCCCAGCUUCACCUCGGGAAAUGAUCAGCCUCAAGGAAAGGAAGACGGACUACGAGUCCACCAGCAGCAACGCCACCUACCACGGGACUAAGGGCGAGCACACUUCCAGGAAAGACACCAUGACAGCUCAAAACACUGGGAUUUCCACCUUGUACAGGAAUUCGUACGGUGCGCCCGCCGAGGACAUCAAACACAACCAGGGUUCAGCACAACCAGUCCCCCAAGAGCCCAGCAGAAAGGAUUACGAGGCCUACCAGCCGUUUCAGAACUCCACGAGGAAUUACGACGAGUCCUUCUUUGAGGACCAGGUCCACCACCGCCCUCCGGCCAGCGAGUACACCAUGCACCUGGGCCUCAAGUCCACGGGCAACUACGUCGACUUCUACUCGGCAGCCCGUCCCUACAGCGAACUGAACUAUGAAACGAGCCACUACCCGGCCUCGCCCGACUCCUGGGUGUGAGCCGGCCAGGCGCCCGGAGCAGUGCAUGUGCAUGCAGACACCACGAGACAUUUCUCCCCACCCUGCAAAUUUAGUUUGUUCAAGCCUGUUCCAUAGGAAGGCUGUGAUAACCAGUAAGGGAAUAUUAAGAGCUAUUUUAGAAAGCUAAACGAAUCAAACGUUAACUCGGCAAUCGGUAGAUCCUAAACACGACAACGGGCCACACCGUUCUAGUCUGAGCUGUAGGGCUUAAAGAGUGCUUUAUGUGGAAGGCGGCAGAGGAAGGAGGGAGGAGAGGGCCGGUGGCGGGGCGUGGAGGUUAGUUAAGCACAAGACACAGAAGAGUUUACACACUUAUGGGGGACGGCUUCUCACGCUUUGUUUACUCUCUUCAUCCGUUGUGACUCUAGGCUUCAAGUUGCAUUGGGGUUCCUCUGUAUAGCAAGAUGUUUCUUGCCUUUUGUUAAUGCAUUGUUGUAAAGUAUUUGAUGUACAUUACAGAUUAAAGAAGAAGAGCGCAUUGUGUAUAUUACACCAAUGCCACCGUGUUUCCUCAUCUAUGGUUCUAAAUAUUGCUUCAAUUUCAAACUUUUGAAAGAUGUAUGGAUUUCCAGUUUUUCUUUUCUUUUCUUUCUCCCAGUAUGUUUUAACAAAAAACAAAAAAACGAAAAAAAAAAAAGGAAAAAAAGGAAUAUUUAGCAGUAUUGUUCGUUCUGAUAUGUGAAUUUGUUUGUGGCAACUAACGAGGCAUUCAGCAGUUCCUGACGAUUAACAUCCAUCAUUCCACUCUCCUUGUCAACAAAGUGCUUUUCCACUGCCUAAAAUUUUAGAUGUAGAUAUUUGAAAUAGAUUUUUUCAUUUAUACCAGUUUUCUUUAUGAUGAUACAGUGUUAAAAAGAAAAUAAAUUACAAUUGAUCUGUCA